CGGUUGACGUGACCUACUUAAACUUGAUCUUAGGCUAAACGUUAACUUCAUGAUUUCCAAAUUGUUUCUUGUGCCGUUAUUUACCUUCCAAAUCUUGCGGAGUUAGCUUAGCCUGCCACACCCCCCACCCCCCCGCCACUUUUUGUUUUUUUAAACUGGGCCUUUGUGUGUUGAAACCGUUUGUGUCAUUGUGUGAAAAUGUCUCAAGUCCAAAUGCGGAGAGCGUUACCAAAGCAUCUACUACCUGCAGAUGAACAAGAGGAGAGAUCUGAACUGUUUGAAAGAACGACAGCAGAACACGAGGGGGAACUUUGUGGUUCAGAAGAAGAAAAGAAGCCAGAAAGAGAACUACUGGGUGCUGUUGUACAUUCUCACCAUGGAACAGGUGCGCAGCAGCUGUUGGUAAAAGAAACAGAAGUUCCACUGAGCAACAAGCAUGGACGUCGAGUCAGGACGAAGAGGGCCCAGGAGUCCAUUACAUUAUAAAGGCUGAGGCAGCACAAAUGUAUAGUCUGGACCAAGAGGAUUCAGAAGUCCAUCAAUUAAAAAGGAAGAGGAAGCAUGGCCACGUAGUAUGAACCAAGAGAAUCCAGGGGUCAAUCACAUUAAAAAGGAAGAGGAACCAUGGCCCUCUAGUCUGGACCAAGAGGACUCAGGGGUCCACCACAUUAAAAAGGAAGAGGCUGAAACCUGCAUGUAUGAGGAACAGGAGCCCCUUCAAAUGUUGGACUGGAAAGAACCAGUUGGCAGAACGGAGGAUUACAUAUCCAAACUGCAACAAUUUUCUAAACUGGACUUACAAUCAAAGCAGGAGAUAAUACUUAAAGGAAGACCAACGCCGGAGCUAAAAGGUUUGCUUCAGACUGCGGGACACAAGACCCGCUCAUUUCAGACGGAGUGGUACACCCGAAAAGGUUGGCUGUGUGGAUGUCCAGCAAGAAACCGCCUUUUCUGCUUUUCCUGCCUUCUUUUCUCAACUUGUGACAAUGUCUGGACUCAGAUGGGAUAUUGUGACCUGAAGAAUUUGCAAAGAAGUCUCAUCAAACACGAGCAGUCGACCACUCACAUACAAAGCCAGAUCGCGUUAAAAACAUUUGGGAUGUCCAGGAUUGACUUGGCUUUGGACGAACAGCGACGACUCAACAUCACCAUCCACAAUGCUAAGGUAAAAGAGAACAGAGAAAUUUUAAAAGAUCUCAUCAAUGCCACCUGCUUCCUCGCCAAACAGCAGCUGCCAUUCAUGGAAAUGAUGAAAGUACAGGCUCAGCCAAUCGUGGCAACUAUGUUGAACUCUUACAUGCUUUUGCUGAGAAAGAUGACAGGCUAGCUGGACACUUGGAGACAUCUACUGUGUUUUCUGGCUUGUCAAAUAGAAUACAGAAUGAUUUAAUUGAAGCAGUCAGUGAUGUCAUUAGAAAUGACAUUAAAAAGGAGAUCCGUGCAACUCCAUUUGUUGCUGUGGAAGUAGACAAGACCACAGAUGUCACAAACCAAGCUCAGAUUUCUGUCAUAUUGCGCUAUGUGGCUAAAACUGAAGCACACUGUGAGGUGAAGGAGGCAUUUUUGGGCUUUGACGACGUGGGUGAGGACAGAUGCGCUCCUGCCAUUGCUGAGUAUGUCCUGCGAGUGUUGGAGAAGUAUGACUGUGUUGAAAAGCUUGUAGCUCAGACCUAUGAUGGAGCUGCUGUCAUGGCCUCAGAGCUUAAUGGCGUGCAAGCUAAAAUGAAAGAAAAAGUGCCCGAAGCCAUGUUUACUCACUGUUAUGCACACAACCUGAGCUUGGUGCUACUGCAUUCAGCAAAGUGCAUGCCUGAGUGUCGCACGUUUUUUAAAACGGCUGAGGGACUAGCGUCAUUUUUCAGCAAGUCCACAAAGCGCACUCACUUGCUGGAUGAUGUUGUCAAGCGCCGUUUACCCAGAGCAGCGCCUACAAGAUGGAACUCUAACUCUAGGCUGGUGCAGACAAUAAGCAAGCACCAACAUGAUCUACGUGCAUUAUUUCAUAUCAUUAUAGAAAAUUCUGACAGCUGGGAUAAUGACACACUGAUGAUGUCAGCAGGAUACGAUCGGUGGCUAUCAGAAGCAUCGACAUGCUUUCUACUUAUGGCAUAUGAGGACAUUUUCAAUGAAACUAACACACUUUUUAGAGUGCUGCAAAAUAAAGUGAUGGACAUUGAAUAUUGUCUUGCACGCAUCCGCAACUCCAUUGCAGCUCUGGAGCGCAUGAGACUGGAGUUUGGCAGUUUCUAUGACCGUUUUGAGAAGAAAUGCAACACACUUGGCCUGACAGAGAGCAGAGGCAGACAGUCCAUUAGAUAUGAACGGAAACAAGUGUUCUGUAACAUUCUGGAUAAUGUAAGCUCUCAAAUGAAGGCUAGGUUUGAUCAUUUUGGUGAGCUGGCUUUCCUUGGUUUGGUGGAUUGCGCAAAAUUCAGCAAAAUGUCACAACAUUUUGAGGACAAGAAACUCCAGAGCCUGUCAAAAUAUGCCAAAUUCUUUGACUUUGUGAAACUAAAGGCGGAUCUCAUUGGACUGUAUAGCUCACAAACGGUGAGGGAUGAAUGUAAAUCUCCUGCACAGCUUCUCAGCUUUUUGGCCGAGAAGGAUCUCAUUCAAACUGUUCCUGAGGCAACAAAGUUGCUCCAGCUUGUGCUCACUGUUCCAGCUAUUACAGCAUCAGUGGAGCGGUCAUUCUCAGCACUGAAAAGGCUCAAAACAUACAGUCGGAACAGGACUGAUGAAGGACGACUUUCUUCCCUGGCAGUGAUCUCCAUUGAGACAGAGAGACUUUUAAAACUGAAGGAAGAUAAGGGAGACUUCUACAAACAAGUCAUCGAUGCUUUUGUUCAGAAGGAGCGGCGCAUGGACUUCAUUUAUAAGUAAAGGUAAGACCAUAAU